GUGAAAUGAUCAUUUCAUUUACCUGCCCUUCCUUACAUCAGAGAGGCAUAUCAUAUUAUCAUAUAUUCAUAUUCAUAUUCAUAUUCAUAUUCAUAUUCAUACUAGUAGAUUGAGUGAAUUUAUCAGCAACCUAAUCAUCUUCUUAGAUUAAUAUAUUAUUCAACAUUGUUGGCAGAAACUCAUGUGUUGGACCGAGUAUAUACCAACAAAGAUCAAUCUUGUCUAAUAAAAUUUCAUCAAACCUCAAACUUGUCUAUGGAAAUCACAGAAUUACCUUCCCCUGGCGGGUCCCCAACCCCGAGUAAUGACAAUAUCCACAAUGCCACUGCAUCAGCUGAAUAUCAUCAUUACACCCGUUUAGAUUCCAGGAGCAACAAUAAUAACAAUGAUGGCACUUCUCCUGCAGUUUCUGCUGUUGCUGAUGACAAUGAUUACUUUGGUGGUGUGAGUGAGAUCGUAGAGAUUAUGGAGGAAGAAGAGGAGUUUCUUAUCGCAUCAUCUUCAUCAUCACAGCAUAAUAAUAAAAGCAAGAGCUUUACUGGGAAAUCAAGAGGGCAUCAAUUGACUCCUAUAAGUGAAGGUGGCAUUACAACUAAUACAACAAGUUUGUUCUCUAUUGAUAUCCACAACAAUAAUAACAAUAAUAAUAAUAGUGGAAGAUCAUCUGAUGAUGUGGUAUAUGUUGCUGUGGGAAAAAGUGAUUCAAGCAGUGAAGCACUUGUAUGGACUCUCAAGCAUUCUGUUCAUCCCGGGACUAGUCUUGUUUAUCUCAUUCAUAUCUUUCCUGACCUCAAAUUCAUUCCUAGCCCUUUUGGAGGAGGAGUGGUGCCAAAGACUCAAGUGAGUCCGGAUCUGGUGGAGAGAUACUUGGCCGAGGACACCAGGAAGAGGCGGGAAUUACUUACCAAGUACGUCGAUAUCUGCACUUCACAUCGGGUACAGGUAGAAACUAUACUAAUCGAGAGUGAUUCCGUAGCCAAUGCUAUCGUGGAGCUCAUUUCUGUUCUCAACAUCCGGCAGCUGAUUGUUGGAAUCUCUAAGUCCAAUUUGAGGAAGUUGAAAGCAGGUAAAGGAAGUGCAACAGUAGCAGAUCAGUUAAGGAGAAGCGCUACAGAUGAGGGGUGUGAGCUUACAAUCGUUUGUCAGGGAAAGAAAAUGAACCCGUCUGAAUAUUACAGAAGUACUGAGGAUAAUCUGCAUUCACGUUCCAAUUCUGAUGCUUCUUCUAGUGGAGGCGAUCCUCAGAUUGAUAAGCAGCAGCCGCCCAUGUCUUACAACUCCUUCGCUUGUUGUUUUAAAGGUUAAUAAUUAAACGGACCACAAGACAUCAAUAAGCGGGGAUAGCUCAGUUGGGAGAGCGUCAGACUGAAGAUCUGAAGGUCGCGUGUUCGAUCCACGCUCACCGCAUAUUUAUUUUAUAUUUUUCCAAUUUUCUGCUCUACAAAUCUCCCCCUCCUGUCUGUCCCCCACUUAGCUUUUGUUACUUGUAAAUAAUUUUGCAAGCUCAGUUUGAUUAGCUCACUCCAACUUUAGGUAGUUGUAUCUGUACUAGCACUGCUAUUAUAUUUCUGGGCCAACACAUAAAAUCCCCAUCCAGGAGACAUUCCGUCCUACAUAUAUGCGAUAAUAAUACGAAGUAAUACAUAGUUUAGUGUAAAUAUGUCUUUAAAUAAUACUCCUAAUCCCAAUCCCUUUGUAUAAAGAUGGUCCUUUGAUGUACUGACUUUAGAGUGUAGACCCUAAUCAUGAGUGCAAGCCCUUUAACAAUACAGAAUUAUAUAACUUUAGUC